UCUGUGAUAAUCAAUUUACUCUGUUCUGGAAUGAUUUGGAUACCAAAGUAUGACAAAAUAUUACUGGGAUAUACAGUGUACAUUUCAAAUAUUUCUUUACAGAAAUUGGGAUUAACUGUGUGCAUCGUACUCCUAAUCAGCAUACAAGAGAUUAGUUCAACCAAAGAUGAAAACACAACACAGCUAGAAGAGAAAUCAAAGCCAUUAGAAAGUUUAAUUUUAAAAGAAAAUGAACCUGAAGAAGUUUCUCAUAAAGAAGAUGACAAAGACGAUUCAACACGAGUGAAACGGCAGUAUUAUGAUCCUUACUAUCCGUAUUAUAGGAGACGAGUGCCCAUUCCGGUACCAAUAAUUAUCGGUGGCGGAUUUGGUGGCUUCGGUCGGGGCUUCGGUAGAGGUUUUGGUGGACGAGGAUUCGGAGGUAGAGGUUUCGGAGGCAGAGGAUUCGGUGGUAGAGGAUUUGGCGGUAGAGGAUUGGGCGGAUUUGGAGGUCGCGGAGGCUUCGGUGGAUUCGGUGGCAGAGGAGGCAGAGGUUAAACUAUAUCCACUCGUUAAUAGAUUUAUGUUAAAUGGACUGUUACUUUUUAUAGAUUUUUUUAAUAAUAAACCGUAUUAAUUUUAUGACAA